AUGGAUAGCACAGAUGAACCUCAGAAAAAAGUCUUCAAAGCACGAAAAACAAUGAGAGUAAGUGAUCGACAACAACUUGAAGCUGUCUAUAAGGUUAAGGAGGAGUUGUUGAAGACAACUGAAGUUAAACUGUUAAAUGGAAAGCAUGAGAAUGGAGAUUCUGAUUUAAAUUCCCCUUUAAGCAAUACAGACUGUGUGGAGGACAAGAGGGAAGUUAAUGGCCUAGUGGACUUGUCUGUUAACUCUGAAGGAGGAGGAACAGCUUCUGAUGAAAUUAGUGAAGCCAAAAGUCCUGAAAGUAGGGCAGGGAACAUAGUCCAUGACAUAGAACCUAAACCUCUAACGCUGUCUCCAGAGAAUGUUACUCCUGAGCAAGAUAAAGAUACGGAUACUGCUUUAGCUUGUGAGGCUGAAAAUGGGGUGCUUGGUAGCAAUAAAGAUAACUUCCAUGAAGAAAAUGAUACAAAAGAUCAUUUGGACCAAAGAGAGUGUGACAUCCCAUUAGAAGAUGAAAGUAAAUCAAUCUGUGAUAUUGGUGACUCUUCUGAAGAGAAGGGAGAAAGGAAGGACUUAACUAUUAAUUCUGAUUCAUCCAGUGAGGAAAAGAGGACUCAAAAAGCAACUGUUGAAGAUGCUGUUGGAGAAGAAGCCAUCUCUAGCAGUAUGGAAGGUGACCAGGAACCAAAGGACAAACGAGAUGGCAUUGCAGGUCUUUCAGAAACCACUGUUCAGAAGAUGAUAGAUGAGCCAAGUGAAAGUAUCUUGGACAGUACUGACUCUAUGGAAACAGAUGAAAUUAUUCCAAUUUUGGAAAAACUAGCCCCUGCUGAAGAUGAACUGAGCUGUUUCUCUAAAAGUUCUCUGCUUCCAGUGGAUGACACAGUCCCAGAUUUAGAAGAGAAAAUAGACAACUGUUUGGGUUCACCAUCCAAGCAGGAAAGCAAUGAAAGUCUGCCAAAAGAGGCUUUCUUAGUACUGUCUGAUGAAGAGGAUCCCUGUGAUGAGAAGGAGGAACAUGCUGAAGUGAUACUACCAAACAAGUCAAAUCCUCCAGAAGUGGAAGAGGAGAAAAGAAAGGAGAGUGAGGAGGAUAAAGAAGAAGAAGCCCACAAAGAAGAGGAGAAACAUGCAGAGAGAAGUGAAGCAUCAAGGAGAAAGCGUUCCAAAUCUGAGGACAUGGACAGUGUUCAUUCUAAACGUCGUCGGUACAUGGGAGAAGAUUAUGAAGCCGAACUCCAAGUAAAAAUUACAGCCAGAAGGGAUGUUGACCAAAAAUUACAAAAGGUUAUCCAGAGACUGUUAGAAGAAAAACUUACAGCUUUACAGUGUGCUGUAUUUGACAAGACUCUGGCGGACUUGAAAACCCGAAUAGAGAAAGUAGAAUGUAACAAGAGGCAUAAAACUGUGCUUACUGAACUACAGGCUAAAAUUGCUAGAUUGACAAAGCGGUUUGGAGCGGCCAGGGAGGACUUGAAGAAAAGACAGGAAAAUUCACCAAAUGCACCUCUGUCUCCAGGGAAAGCACCAAGUGACACUGCAAACACAAACAAUGUGACAUAUCGAAAUGCUGGCACAGUGAGACAGAUGCUGGAGUCAAAAAGGAAUAUAGCAGAGAGCACACCUGUGACUUUCCAAGCCCCUGUGAAUGCAGUGCCAGCAUCCAGUCUUGCUGCUCCUCCAACAAUUGUGAGUGGACAUCCUAAGCCUCAGACUCCGGUGACCUCCACCAGCUCUUUGACAACAACAGUUAUUCCCACUGCUAAUACAGCUACAGUUGUAGGCACUAACCAAGUGCCCAGUGGCAGCGCGCAGUCAGUGUCUGUCUCAUUGCAGUCUUUGCCCGUAAUCUUGCAUGUACCUCUUGCAGUGUCAUCCCAGCCUCAGCUCCUGCAAGGCCACACAGGGACUUUGGUCACUAACCAGCAGUCAGGCAACGUUGAAUUUAUAUCCGUACAAAGCUCAUCUACAGUUGGUAGCCUUACCAAAACUACAGUGUCUUUGGCAUCGACUAACCCAACUAAACCAAAUAACAGCCCAUCUGUGCCCAGUUCUGGUAUUCAAAGGAACUCUCCAGCCACUGCUGGGUCAAUAGGCACAACAUUGGCAGUACAGGCUGUUUCUACUGCACAUCCUGUUGCCCAGGCUACAAGGACUUCUUUGCCCACAGUGGGUACUUCAGGACUUUAUAAUGCUACCAGCAGUCGAGCCCCCCUACAGAUGAAGAUUCCCCUCUCUGCAUUUAGUAGUACAGCUCCUAUUGAACCACCCACCGUUACAGCGCCCAGAGUUGAAAACCAGGCAAGCAGGCCACCAACAGAUACUUCGGCAAACAAGCGAACUGCUGAAGGAACAACCCAGCUCUCAGAACAAAAAGUAGUUCGCUGUGUGCCGUAUACCUGUGGCAUAUUUGAUGGUACAACUUUGAUCAAUUGUUUCGAAAAGCAGUUGAAACAGGAAGAGACUUCAUCAGAAAAAAAAGAAGCAGUAGAAGCAGCACAGAUGAAUUUUAACUUCCCCGAGGAUGUCCUCUUUGGCUUGGAGGAAGAGGAAGAGGAUGCUAAGAGCAUCAAAAACACCCACAAGCAGACUGGUUGGGCAGCUAACGUAUUAAAACAAUGGCUGGCCAAAAAUGGCAAGGAUCCUAGCUUUGAAUUGGUACCAGUAAAUGAACUCAAUGAUACCUUAAGAGAGUUUUAUUACACAGUAAGGAAUCAUGAUGGAAAUACCUACAGUGUGGCAAGCUACAAGUCAAUACGUGCUGGCUUAAACCGGCAUCUCAGAAUGCCACCUUAUAAUCGUCAGAUUUGCUUAAUGAAGGACAAAGAGUUUGCUAGUGCAAACAUGGUAUUUGUGAGCGUGCUGAAGAUGCUGCGCAUGCAGGGAAAGGAUGAGACUCGCCACCAUCCUCCUAUAGCUGCUGAGGACUUGCGUAAGAUUAAACAAUCCGGUGUGCUGGGAUUGCACAGUCCACUGGCACUCGUCAACAAGGUGUGGUUUGAUUUGCAGUUGCAUUUUGCCAAACGAGGGAGGGAAAUUUUAAGAGAUCUGGCUCCAGAUGCUUUUGUUGUUGAGAAGGACAAGAACGGGCGUCGAUAUGCUAUGUUUAGGUAUCCUGGCAAAGGAAAAAAUGGAGAAGAUCCUCAUAAAAUGGCUAAAAUGUAUGAUAUGCCGGGGGACCCAAACUGUCCUGUUUUUUCCUUGGAGCUUUAUUUGUCUAAGUUGCCUCCAGAGCCCCCUGCCUUUUACCUGCAUCCUUUAAAGCUAACAUCAGAGCAAAUGCAAGAACAGCCUGUCUGGUACAAAAGAGAACCAAUGGGUGUGAACUUCUUAAGUACCAUGAUGCCCAGGAUAAGUGUGGCAGCCAGGCUCUCUCAACGAUAUACCAAUCAUUCUCUCCGAACUACCACCAUCCAGCUACUGUGUGAAGCGGGACUGGGGCCUAGAGAAAUAAUGGCAGUGACAGGCCAUCAGUCCGAGUCUGCUAUUAGACACUACUGGGGAGCUGCAGAAGUUCGCUACAGGGCUUGGUCAGAUGUAAUGGAGAAUAAUGCCCCCAAUUACCUAUAUAGCAAGAUCCCAAAUGAAGUGAUAAAAGAAUCACUGUCUGGUGCCUCCACCUCUUCUGUAAACCACGUUGUUCUAGAACAAAGCAAAAUUUUAUUCCCUAAGAAAUCUGUGGUGCCGCCUGGCACUAAUUCUGUGACUUUCGUCCCUGAGGGACACCCAGCUCUGAAUUCCAAAAGCUCCGUCCUGUUGAACCACAGUUCUUCUAAGGUGUUUGUCCCUACGAACACGGCCAGUGGGAACCUAACUGCUGGUCCCCUUCAAGGCUGUUGUAACGAACCUGUCUCUAUAAAGCCUGUGAUAAAACAAGAACCAAUGACUUGA